AUGGAACAUUCGGGGCCUGGUGAUUCUCAGUCUUGCCCUUUAGACAAUCCUGCCAACUGGGCAGCCGAGUACGCGGUUGGACAGAUCUCAGAGAACCAAGGAGACGAGCCGCAACCUAAGAACAACGACCUACUAGCUUCCUGGGCAACGUUCCUUCUUUUGCACCUAGGUGGCCCUGACACUAUCACGGCUCUUGCCCUUGAGGACAAUGACCUCUGGCUCAGGAACUUGUUCGGUCUUGUUUGCCAAGCAAUUGUCACUUUCUAUGUAUUCUUGCUUUCGAUACCCAACGAUAUCUUGAUACCCACGUCGCUCAUGCUCGUAGCUGGAGUCAUCAAAUACGUUGAGAGGAUAAAAGCCUUGCGUGGUGCGAGUCUUGAAAUCUUCAAGGAUUCAAUGCUUGGAGAGCCGGAUCCUGGACCGAGGAAGUAUUCCACUAGGAAGAUGCUUAGAGAGCCUACCCGGAUAUUGAGGAUCGAGGAGGCCGAGGAAGGUCAAAGACCCAGGGUUUUAGUGAGGCCAUCUACAGAGCUGACCCAUCUUGAGGUUGUCCAAUACGCUUAUAAGUACUUCAAUAUCUUCAAAGGUCUUGUGGUUGAUCUCAUCUUUACCUCUCGGUCUGAUCAGUGGAAUGACAGCAAAGAAUUCUUCACCUCAUCAACACCAGAGGAAGCUUUGAGAGUUCUAGAGGUGGAGCUCAGCUUCAUCUAUGGAACUUUUUACACCAAAGUUGACAUUCUGCAUACCCGGAUUGGAGUUGCUUUCCGCAUCAUUGCCCUAGCAUCCCUUGUGUCGUCCCUCUGCAUCUUCACAAGGGCAAAGAAACAUGACUACAACAUAUUCGAUGUCGGCCUAACUUACGCCUUGCUCAUAGGUGGUAUAGCACUUGACUGUGUUGCUAUAUUCAUAUUUUGUGUCUCCGACUGGUCGUUUGCUAGAUUUACGAAGCCAAAGGAAGAUGUGGCAGAUCCGGACAGCAGGCUCGACCCGUUUCUCAACUGGCUCCUCAGUUUCAGGAAGCUCAAGUGGAAGGACUUCAAGUGUUCCCACAGGAAAGGGAUUUGUCAUGUGCUUGACAGAUAA